GCACAUACGCCAGAUGUUGGUGCUACAUCCUCACACGACAGUUUUCUUGUGGAACAUGAUUAUGUUGAAGAUGAUCAUGAAACUACUGCAUACGCUGAGGAAGAAGAGGCUGUAAUCGAUUAUCUCGAAAGCUCUGACGAGGAACAAGAAACAUCAAACGAACCAUUCUCCGUAAAAGAAGCUUUGCAAACGUGGGCGGUGUCUACAAAUCAAACUUAUGAUUCCAUCGAACAAGUCAUGGGUAUAAUCGGUAAAGUAAGUUCUUGCAAAUUGCCAAAAGAUGCUAGAACUUUGCUAAAAAUCAACCGCAAUCGCUCUUCGGAAAUUAUUACCGUGCAAGGUGGACAGUAUUGGUAUCGUGGGAUUCAAAAUUGCUUCACUAACGAGUUAAGCGAUGUAAACUUUGAAGCUGAUAAAACAAUUUUACUGAACGUGUCAAUAGACGGAUUGCCGAUUGCCAAAAGCAACAAUCUACAAUUUUGGCCUAUUCUAUUUAACAUUCAUGGAAUGCCGGAAAUACCAGUCAAAUUAAAAUACAAAUUAUUGUGGCAGAUUCUCUGCAUUUGAUAGAUUUAGGUAUA